AUGGAGUCAUCUUUCUUGUUUGGAGUGAUCCUUGCUAUCCUGACCGUCCUCAUCAUUGCUGUUAACACAUUAAUGAUUGUAGCUAUGUUGCUGUCAAUCCACAAGAAUGACGGUGUGGGUUUCUGCUUCACCUUGAAUUUGGCUGUGGCUGACACCUUGAUUGGUGUGGCUAUCUCUGGCCUACUCUCAGACCAGCUCUCCAGUUCUGAUCAGACCACACAGAAGACCCUGUGCAGUCUUCGGAUGGCAUUUGUCACUUCUUCUGCUGCUGCCUCUGUCCUCACAGUCAUGUUGAUUGCCUUUGACAGAUACCUUGCCAUUAAGCAGCCCCUCCGCUACUUCCAGUUCAUGAACGGACUGGUAGCUGGUGCCUGCAUUGCCGGGCUGUGGCUGGUGUCUUACCUCAUUGGCUUCCUCCCACUUGGAGUCUCCAUAUUCCAGCAGACCACCUACCAGGGACCCUGCACCUUCUUUGCCGUGUUUCAUCCAAGGUUUGUGCUGACCCUGUCUUGUGCUGGCUUCUUCCCUGCCGUACUUCUCUUCAUCUUCUUCUACUGUGACAUGCUCAAGAUUGCCUCUGUGCACAGCCACCAGAUCCGAAAAAUGGAACAGGCAGGAGCCAUGGAUGGAGCUUACCGACCCCCCAGGUCUCUAAGUGACUUCAAAGCUGUCCGCACUGUGUCUGUUCUCAUUGGGAGUUUCACUCUGUCUUGGUCCCCCUUUCUAAUCACUAGCAUUGUGCAGGUGGCCUGCCAUGAAUGUCACCUCUAUCAAGUGCUGGAAAAGUACUUAUGGCUGCUUGGUGUAGGCAACUCCCUGCUCAACCCACUCAUCUAUGCCUAUUGGCAGAAGGAGGUGCGGCAGCAGCUCUACCAUAUGGCCCUGGGAGUGAAGAAGGGGCUCAUCUCAUUCUUCCUCCUCCUCUCAGCCAAGAAAGAUGGUCCAGAGAGGCCAAGGGAAAAUUCCUGCCGCAUCAUCACUAUCUUCCACUCAGAGCUUGAUGGCUAA